AACUAGUUUCCUCUAUUUUCAUUUAAGUUACGGCUGCGUACUGCAAUCUCAGGGGCCUUCAUUCGUAAUCCCGCGUCAUGCACGGCGGAACAAAUCAAUCAUCAUAACCUUGCCCUGAACGAAAAUGUCGUCUUUCAUAAAUUAUCGUAAUGAAAGUUCCGUAAAUGUUUCUGAUGCGUGCUUGAAAGAUAAUAUAACUUUUUAUAAAAUCGUCGUGAAUGUGGGUACAGUGCAGUGGAGCGUAUCUCAUCGGUACAGUGAUUUUGUAGAGCUUCACGAUAAAUUAGUGGUUGACCAUGGCGUUGCUAAAGACUUACUGCCACCGAAGAAAGUCAUACGUAACAAGACGCCUAAAUUUGUGGAACAGAGGCGUGAAGCGUUAAACGAUUACCUGAAAAAUGUAUUUAAUUAUCUAAGGCUAACAAUGCCAUCAAUAUUUAGCCACUUUCUAGAUUUCCAUUUGUAUGAUAUAUUUUUCUUAUUGCAAGAUUUGGCUAAGAAGUUAUAUUUAGAAGGCGAUAAGUUAUUACAAACAGAAAAAACUCAUAAAUUCAGUCUAAUGGAGUUGCACGCAAUCAGAGAGAGAUAUAAAAUGGCCUGUCCGCCAACAGAAAAGCAAGAUCAGAUGUACGACUUCAGCCACAUUCUAGAUUUCUGCUCUCAAGUGUCAUCACUAAGUAUCGAGGGGAGCUAUGAAAAAUUGGGUGCAAGCAAUAUCAUACCCAACGACUUACAAAUAGAUCUAAUUCCCUUCAAAACACUGACCGACCUUAGGAUCCUCGGUGUGCCAAUGGCAUGUAUACAAAGUGUUGGUAGUCUCCGAGAUUCCUUGAUCAGUUUAUCUGUACAUAUAGCAAGUGUGGAGACAUUAAAUGAGUUCCUGCUUGUGGAUGUCCUCCACAAAGAUCCUUCUAGUCUUGCCGAUGUUGUUAUAUGGAAGAAGUUGUCAACAAUUAAUUUCGCUACAAACAACAUAACCGAUGUGGACUGGGGCAUCAAACUAGUUCCAAAAUUACAAAAACUGAACGUUUCUUCAAACAGAUUAUCCGAGCUAUGUGAUAUAUCUUGCCUGCACGAGUUGAGAGUCUUAAAUCUUUCCAUGAAUCGUUUUUCAUUGUGCCAGAACUGGCAUGCGAAAAUCGGCAACAUAGUUAAGAUAGAUCUCUCACAAAAUAAAAUUGAAACUCUGCAAGGCUUCUCAAAACUAUAUUCACUCGAAAGCUUAGAUUUGAGCUGCAACGUCAUCACCGACGUGGAAGAGGUGCAGCAUAUUUGUAACCUGCCGUGUUUAGAAUAUCUAUGGCUGACAGCGAACCCUGUCGCGUCAACCAUAGACUAUAGAGUGAAAGUCAUAGAACAAUUCAACUCGCGCAUGACAGAGAUAUGUUUGGACAACGAAAAGGCGUCCGAAAAAGAACUGGACACAUCAAGAGUUUUGCAAGCUCUGAGGAUCGUAAAGGAAGGUAAAACGCCAAGUUUCCUACAGAACACCAAUUGCAGUCACAGUUACAAUAAAAGUUGACAAUAAAAUCAAUUCAAAAUAAACAAUUGUACAUACUAAUAUAUUAAAUUAAAAAAAAAAAUCAAAGCUUUAUUUUAGUCCCGUGCAUCUAAUGUUUUUGUUACGUAGUGACAGCUAAUUUUACCAGAAUACUGUUUAAGUUUACACUAAUUUGUUGACAUUCUACCUUAUUUAUUGUGGUGCUUGUAGGAUUCAAUCGAACUGUUCCGUUUUGUCAGCUCAUACAUAGGCAUAAUUUUAAUUAUUUCACCUGAACACUUGUUUUAUAUAAAUCAAUAUAGUUAAUUCGUCUAACGACUAAUAUUUGGGGUAAAUGUGUGUAUUUCGCAUUAUAAAGAGCGUAAAAAGAUGUCUGCGGUGUACAUACAUAUUGUAUGUGCGUUUUGUUAAGAUUGAGCUAGUAUUUAAGAUAUAUAUUGACCUUUUGAUGUGAUAUUUUUAAGAUUUAUGUAUAUAAUGACCAAGUUAUGUAUUAUCUUUUGUUGUACGAAACAAAACUUCAGCUGAAGUUAAUAACACUCGGCAGUGUUUACUUUUAAAGUAUUAUGUUUGUGAUUUUAUAAUAAUUCAAGACGUAACGGGGGCCGAUUUUAAUAAAGGUUAUUCAAUGUUAAUUAAAA